UAUAUAUAUAUAUAUCCGGAGGAUGGCGAACUUGAAGGUGCGUGUCGAUUCACCAAAGGUGCGCUACUCGGAAGAUUUCAUCGAGGCCGAGUACGAGUAUCGGACGAUUAGUGUGACCGAGGAGGACGAGAACGAUCGCGAUACCUACAUGGUGACACCUAUGUCGACAAAAUUGCUGAUCAGGACCAAGAUAAAAGUUCCGAAACUAGGCCUAAUGCUGGUAGGCUGGGGUGGUAACAACGGUAGUACCAUGACAGCAGCUUUAUUGGCGAACAAGCUUAAAUUAUCGUGGGAGACGAAAGAAGGUCUGAAAACUGCCAACUGGUAUGGUUCCCUAACGCAAGCGUCCACGGUGAAAUUGGGUAGAAGAAUUAAAGGGGAAGAUGUUUAUGUACCCAUCUCUAGCAUGCUACCUAUGCUGAAUCCCAAUGACAUCGAGAUUGAUGGCUGGGAUAUUUCAGAUGUAAAUCUCGCGGAAGCUAUGACGCGUGCCAAAGUGUUGGAUGUAAAUCUGCAGGUACAGUUGCGGUCCUAUAUGACUCACAUGUGGCCCAAGAAGAGCAUAUACUAUCCCGAUUUCAUCGCUUCGAACCAGGGCAAAAGAGCAAAUAACAUCAUCAUGGGUACCAAGGCCGAGCAACUCAAUUUAAUUCGCAAUGAUAUAAUGCAGUUUAAGACUGCAAAAAGUCUCGAUCAAGUUAUUGUCUUAUGGACCGCAAAUACUGAAAGGUUCUCAGAGAUCAUAACAGGUGUCAACGAUACAGCCGACAAUCUAUUGAAGUCAAUCGAGGAAGAUCAUUCAGAGAUCAGUCCCAGCACCAUGUUUGCUGUAGCAGCGGCUCUAGAAGGAUGUACCUAUAUCAACGGAUCGCCACAAAACACUUUUGUGCCGGGUGUCCUUGAGUUAGCCAAGAAACAGAAGACAUUCGUCGGCGGCGACGACUUCAAGUCCGGUCAAACAAAACUCAAGUCCGUUCUUGUGGAUUUUCUCGUAUCGGCUGGUAUAAAGCCAGUGUCGAUUGUCAGCUACAACCAUUUAGGGAACAACGAUGGAUACAAUCUAUCUGCACCGCAGCAAUUUCGCUCAAAAGAGAUCUCCAAGAGUAACGUUGUAGAUGAUAUGGUGGAAUCCAACAAGAUUCUCUAUAAGCCUGGAGAGAAGCCGGACCACUGUAUCGUCAUCAAAUACGUCCCUUACGUCGGUGACAGCAAGAGAGCUAUGGAUGAGUACACUUCUGAAAUCAUGCUAGGCGGUCACAACACCAUCGUAAUCCAUAAUACAUGUGAAGAUUCGCUUCUUGCGACUCCCAUUAUUCUCGAUCUUGUCAUUUUAGCUGAAUUAUGCUCUCGCAUUACCUUUAAGAAAGCGGAUACCGAUGAUGACGAAGAAUUCUCUGGCUUCCAUAGUAUACUUUCUAUCUUGUCAUAUCUCUGCAAAGCCCCACUAGUGCCCUACGGGACUCCGGUGAUAAAUGCCUUAUUUCGACAACGGGCUGCUAUCGAAAACAUUUUGCGAGCUUGCUUGUCAUUGCCACCAGAGGACAACAUGUUGCUUGAACACAAAGUCGAUUUCAAGAUUUAGAGAAAGAUGCGAUUAGGAUAGAAGAUAAAGGGUAAGAAAUAGAAGAGAAAGAGGAAGGAAAUAGAAGGGAUAUAGAGGACAA